AGUAGUAGUAGUAGUAGUAGUAGUAGUAGUAGUAGUAGUCGACUAGUUUUGUAUGCUCUCCUCCAUUUCUAUCUCCUUCUUUUUACCUUUUACUAAAGAUCUUGUUCACGUUGUUCUUAUCAUUCUUCUUUCGGAGGUUUUUCUUAAUUUUUAUUUAUGUCAGGUUAUUGAGUUUAAAGAUAAUUUUAACAGGUUAAUUUUGGGAACUGGCGACUGUAGAUGUGAACCAAAUAUAUUGUGCUAUGACUGAUAAACUAUACGACAAGAAGACAUUUUAUCCCCCAGAAUAAAUCUGCAGUUCUGUCACUUUUUGGUGCGUCACCGGUUCAACAAGUAGUAAAAAUGAAAAUGAAACGUCACAUCCGAACGAGGUUGUCAACAUGAAAUACGAACGAUAACUCUAUCGAACUUCAACAAAUUACUGCCGCAAAAUCACAACACGUCGACGUUGGAAUUAGCUGACAAUUUUCACUCCCGUCUGACGUAAAAGUGUGCAGACGUUUUUGUCUUCGUAAGUGGAUCACAAGUAAACAAUUCAAAGAUUUCUCUGGCUAGAGCUGUGCUUGGUGGAGCGCCAUGGCGGUUCUACUCAGCAGUCAUUGGUUCACACAAAUGUCUGUGAUGCUGGUCCUUGUCUGUUCCCUCCUUCUGACCGUCACCCAGCACUGUGCGGCCAAGAACGACAGCGAGCUGCUCCGGACCGUGUUUUCCUCCGCCCUGGCCGGUCACGUCUCCUCCGUGUCCUCUUUGGCUUCCCAGAUGGGUGCCCAGUGGCUGAUGGCACCCAACGUGACUGCUGCUUAUAACGAGACGUGUUUCCAGACAGGGGAUAAUUUUACCACCUUGGCCAGAUGUCUAGAGACAGAGAUGAAGUGUGUGAGCCUGCACCAGGUGGAGGAGCUCUAUUCCCUCCCAGCGUCUGAGGCCCUGAGCUCGACCGACGUGUCGGCUGUCUCCCCGGCUCUGCUCUUUUCCCUCUUGUCCUGCGACAAGUCGGCCGCUGCUGGCACCAGGAACGGGUCGGGUGCUGCUCCCGAUGAGGAUGAAUCUGGGCUGGUUAAACCUACUUCAGAGGCCUCGUGGGGCUACAGCUUCCUGUUUGUGACACUGAUCAACCUGUGCUCUCUGACGGGUGCCCUGGUCUUCCCCUGCAUGAAGCUCCACAGCUACAAGAUCAUUCUCAUGUUCAUGGUGGCUCUGGCCGUGGGCACACUGGCAGGCAGCGGGCUGCUCUUCCUUAUACCAGAGGCUUUUGCAUUAGUUCACGAUGACGACAGAAGCUAUUUAUGGAAGGCCUCCACUGUCAUGGGUGGCAUCUACCUCUUCUACAUCAUAGAGAGGUCCAUGCGACUCAUCAACAACCGCAGAGAGAACACCAACCUGAAAAAGAGGCAAGACGAGCUGGCGACCCAGGACACAAUCACAACGUCGUUCCGACGGACCCCCGUGGACAACUGCCUACCGGGCCGAGACCCGGCCAAUCUGCCCACAGACCUGCACGGCAUAUGUAGUAGCUCAGGCCCCGAGGCCAGUGCUGAGAGCAGUGGGGCCAACACGCCCUACGACCGGACGCCGGACGCUCACAGCGUGGACGAUGAGGUAGACAUCAGCGUUGCUGUCAGCAGUGGAGCCGGGACCACACAGCUUCAGUCCAAUGGUGACGGCCUGACCAAGUCUUCCAAUGGCGUCCACCGCCCCCACCACAACCACCACCAUGAGCUGGCCCACAGCCACAGCCAGGUGGCCCCGGUGGCCUACAUGAUCAUCUUCGGCGACGCGCUGCACAACUUUAUCGAUGGCCUCUCCAUCGGCUCGGCCUUCACCCAGAGCAUCAUGACUGGGGUCAGUGUCAGUGUGGCCGUCAUGUGCGAAGAGCUGCCCCACGAGCUAGGAGACUUUGCCAUCCUGCUCAACUCGGGCAUGCCAUUCAAACGCGCCAUCAUGUACAACUUCCUGUCUGCCUGUACCUGCUACCUGGGUGUCGUGAUCGGCAUCUUGCUAGGGGAGAACACUCAGUCCCACGAGUGGAUUUUUGCCGUGGCAGGUGGCAUGUUCCUCUACAUUUCUCUGGUGGAUAUGAUGCCUGAGAUGAACACAGCAGCAGAAAGUGUGGAAGGGCGUCAGUUUGGCCCAAUGAAAACUUUCAUACUGCAGAACUUGGGGCUCUUGACCGGCUACGCCAUCAUGCUCCUAAUGGCACUGUAUGCUGGGGAGAUCUCAUUCGAGUAACUGGCCCUUUGGUGCCCUGCAAACAAGUUCUGCUUUGGAGUUCUGCACUCUUCUGGCAUUGUUCACUUUAUGCGGAGGAUAGACGAUAGGGAGUGUGUUGGGGAAAUGGGUACUGAAAAUAUAGCCGCAAAGCAAGAGGAAAAGAUGAAGGCUAAAGAGGAUGUUUAUGAAUGCGAUGAGGCUGGGUAAAGUGCUGUUGGUAAGUGGGACAUUGUGUAGAUGAUGCAAGGAGCAGAGAGAGAGAGAGAUUAAUGGUCAAAUACUGGGGGGGAAGUAAAGGCAGCGUGAAAAGGAACUG